AUGCCUCCUAUAAUAAAACAAUUGUCUGGGGCAGAAAAAAGAAAGAAAAAACAAAAGGAAGAUGCUUUAAUUCAAAGCCAAGUAGGAAGCCUUAAUAAGUAUUUCACAAUCAAUCAAAUAGUAGAGCAAGUGAACCAUAAUGACAUCGAUGAUAAGUUGAAUGAUCGGGAACAUGGUGAAUUGAAAGAACUUCGCAAUGAAGACUCAAAACAGUCUGAAAAUGAGAACGAUGUAAGUAUGCCUAAAAGUGACACUGAUGGAGAUAUAAAUCAAAAGAUUUUGUUUCCUUUAAAUGUUGAUGAUCCAGGAAAUUGGGACAAAAUGCAAAAUAUUAGGGAAUUUUUGGUUUUAAGAGGUCCUAAAAGAUAUGAUGAUAUUUUGUUUCCUCUUGAUAACACUGGAAGACAUUUCAUUCCAUCACAUUAUAAGAGACAAUUGACAAAUGGUGAGAAAAGUGAUAGAAGAUGGUUAGUGUACUCUAUUUCUAUGGACAAGAUCUUCUGUUUUUGUUGCAAGUUAUUCAAAACUCAAAGAACCAUGGAGAAACUUGGUUUCUAUGGAUUGAAUUAG